GCCUGUCAAGAAGGGGUUCAGAAAGAAAAUCCUUGACGCAGAGAAUAAGACAAAAAGCCCUACAAAUGCAUGCAUAAGACAUUUCAUUUCUUCAAUGCACAUAAGGUGGGCAAUUGAUGUUUCGAACUGAUGGUUGAACUGUCUUAGUAAAUGAGGCAGAAUGCGGAAAAUGCUUCCUGGUAUUGGCGUGCUCGGUACCACAACAUCAAUACGAUCCUAUGUUCCACUUUUGAAAUCAUGUGGGUUUCACGUUGCCGCAUUGUGGGGUCGAACGAAGGAGGAAGCAGACGAGCUAGCCAAAGAAUUGAACAUACCAUUCAGUACAAAUAGGGUGGAUGAAGUCCUGCUCAAUAGAGACGUGGAUGUUGUUGUUAUAAGCUGCCCCCCUCACCUCCAAUCACCUAUUGCCGUAAAAGCCCUGGGGAUAGGUAAGCACGUACUAUGUGGGGCACCGGCAGGACCAUGCCAGGUAGAUGCUUUACGGAUGGUUAACGCCUCAAGAUAUUACCCGCGAUUAAUGUCAUUCAUUGUUUUCGGAUUGCGCUUCUUGCCAACAAUUUGCAAGAUGAAACAACUUAUGGAAGACAGUUUCAUUGGAGACAUGACCAUUUGCGAAGUCAACAUACAUUUUGAAGCUAGUCCAAAAGAAAAGUUUGAUUGGAUGUGUGAUGAAAUGAUGGGAGGCGGGGUUCUUAAUACAAUAGGAAAUAAUAUAAUUGAUGUCAUUUCAUAUCUGACUGGUCAAAAAGCUACACAAGUUCAUGGAAUGUUGAAAACCUAUACAAAACAAACCGAAAAAAUCAAAGGUAUCAGAGAAAUAACUAGUGAUGAUUUCUGUUCCUUUCAAAUGGAACUUGACAAAGGAUCCUGUGCUACUGUUACCAUCAACAGUCAUAUACCUGGUGUGUUCCUACAGGAAAUACUCAUGGUAGGAACGAAAGGUCGUCUGAUUGCCAAGGGUGCAGACUUGUAUGGUCAGAAGCAUUCGGAAAAGAAAGAGAGACUUAUACACUUUGAUCCCAUCAACUUCAAAGAGGAGGAGAGACAUGGAGUUUCAGAUAAAACUAGAGCAGAGAUUGCCACACCAUAUUUAAAGGGAAUCAUUAGGAUGAUCGAAGCAGUAAAAGAUGCUUUUGAGAAAGAAGAAGAACGACAGAGUUACUGUCAAGAUCCAGUAUUGCAGGCAGCAAAUUUUGAAGACUCACUGUAUGUUCAGACUGUUGUGGACGCCAUAAGAAAAUCAAAUAAAACCAAAGAAUGGAUAAAGGUUACCAUGAUGAAAGAAGAGCCUGAUCCUAAUCCGUUUCUGUCCUCGUCAAUCCGCAGCAGCACAUACUCAUUGCACUAAGCUUUCAGCAAAGAUGCAGUUAAUUAACUCACAGCACUAAUGUGUUUUCAAGGAAAAAUUGAUAAUGCAUUGAUAAAUAAAUGUAAAAAGAAAUAUUUUGUGAUAUAUUUAUUUAACAGGGAUUAGGAAGAGUGGAUUCUUGAGUCGUAUGGGAAGAAAAUUGAAAUGACACAUUAUAAUAAAGAAAAUUUAAUAUUGAUUGAUAAGAACAAGCCCUGUAGUAAGAUGAAAAGAUAAAAAAGAAUAAUGUCCAUAAUAUGUCUUAGCCUUCCUAAGGUAGCAGUGUACAGUAGCGUACGGUGGUUCCUAAGGUAGCAGUGUACGGUGGCCAUGGGUGAUAUUUU